CCAGUCGCCGUUCCCAAGAUGGCGGCGGCGCGAGCGGCCCCCGCGGCGGGCUGAGCGGAGGCGGAGCCGGCCCUCCCGCACCCCAGGGCUCCGGCCCCCCCGCCCGCCACGGCCAUGCGGGGCUCCGCGCACGGAUGAGAGAAGCCGCCGCCGCCGCCGCGCUGGUGCCCCCGCCCGCCUGCGCCGUCAGCCCCGCCGCCGCCAUGGAGGAGCCGCCGCCGCCGGAACCCGAGCCCGACCCCGAGCCCGACCCCGAGAGCCGCCGCGCGGCGAGGCCAGAGUGCACACUGGGAGAUUCGGCUAGCAAGAAUUCGGACUCUGACGUGGAGGAGUUUUCAGAUGAAACUAAUACAGAGAACCUUUUUGGCGCCUCUCCCCCCAGUACACCUCGGCAGAUGAAACGCCUGUCCACCAAACACCAGAGGAAUAAUGUAGGGAGGCCUGUCAGUCGCUCCAAUUUGAAAGAAAAAACAAAUGCAGUGACCCAGCCUUCACAUAAAGGCACUGGGAAAAUCGGGGAGAAAAAGACCCGAGCGGCCAUCAGGACGACAGAGCGCGACCAUAAGAAAAACGCGCAGUGCUCCUUCAUGUUGGACUCGGCGAGCGGCUCUCUGCCCAAAAAGCCGAUUCCAGACGUGGAUCUCAAUAAGCCUUACCUCAGCCUCGGCUGCAGCAACGCCAAGCUUCCCGUGUCUGUGCCCAUGCCGAUCGCGAGAACUGCACGCCAGACUUCCAGGACCGACUGUCCAGCAGAUCGCUUGAAGUUUUUUGAAACUUUACGACUUUUGCUAAAGCUUACCUCAGUCUCAAAGAAGAAGGACAGGGAGCAAAGAGGACAGGAAAAUACAUCUGCUUUCUCAUUCAACCGGUCGAAUGAGCUCAUCUGGUUAGAGCUACAAGCCUGGCAUGCGGGACGGACCAUUAACGACCAGGACCUCUUUUUAUAUACAGCCCGUCAAGCCAUACCAGAUAUUAUCAACGAAAUCCUUACUUUCAAAGUCAAUUAUGGGAGCAUUGCCUGUGUUAGAAACGGAGCUGGUUGCAAUGGUGCCCCGGUGGAAGGACAGUGCCCGGCCCCUCACGGAACGAGGAUUGUGGGUUAUCCCACUUACCAUGAGCAUCUCCAGCGCCAGAGGGUGUCAUUUGAGCAGGUAAAGCGGAUAAUGGAGCUGCUAGAGUACAUAGAAGCACUUUAUCCAUCGUUGCAGGCUCUUCAGAAGGACUAUGAAAAAUAUGCUGCAAGGGACUUCCAGGACAGAGUGCAGGCACUCUGCUUGUGGUUAAACAUCACAAAAGACUUAAAUCAGAAAUUAAGGAUUAUGGGCACUGUUUUGGGCAUCCAGAACUUAUCAGACAUUGGCUGGCCAGUGUUUGAAAUCUCUUCCCCUAGAUCGUCCAAAGGCAAUGAGCCAGAAGAUGAGGGAGAUGACACAGAAGGAGAACUGAGAGAGUUGGAAAGCAGCUCGGAUGAGAGUGAAGAACAGACCUCUGAGCCAAGGGCGCCACCAACCAGGCAGCCCCUUGACAACACUUUCUGCUUCCCGCCGCAGGACGGCCCCGCCAGGCGGCUGGAGCGGCUCGGAUCGGAGGAGGACGCUGUUGGCUGGGGAACGCCGGACUGCAGCACCGAGGCCGGCUGUAGCAGACAUUGUCUGACUUCUAUUUAUCGACCAUUUGUAGACAAAGCACUGAAGCAGAUGGGGCUGAGAAAGUUAAUUUUGAGACUUCACAAGCUGAUGGAUGGUUCCUUGCAAAGGGCACGGAUAGCACUGGGAAAGAGUGACCGUCCAGUAGAGCUUUCUCCUUUUUUGAGGAGCAUGUCCAGUUUUGGUCACUGGAUGUUGAAGAGAUGUGAGUUGCAGAGAGCUGUGAGAACGGUGAAAGGAAAGAGAGCACACUGCGUGUUUUCUGAGUUUCCAGACCCCAUGUGGGGCUCCGACUAUGUGCAGCUGUCCCGGUCGCCCGCUACUUCCGAGCAGGAGUGCAGCGCUGUGUCCUGGGCCGAGCUCGAGGCCAUGGACUUACCCUCCUUCGAACCUGCCUUCCUGGUCCUCUGCCGGGUCCUCCUGAAUGUCAUCCACGAAUGCCUCAAGUUGAGAUUGGAGCAGAGACCUGCGGGAGAGCCAUCUCUCUUGAGUAUUAAGCAGCUGGUCCGAGAGUGUAAGGAGGUGCUGAAGGGCGGCCUUCUGAUGAAGCAGUACUACCAGUUCAUGCUGCACGGUGUCCGGCACGGCCUGGAGAAGGCCGACUGCAACAUGGAUGCCUUCGAGGAGGACCUGCAGGAGAUGCUGAUGGUAUAUUUUGAUUACAUGAGAAGCUGGAUCCAAAUGCUACAGCAGUUACCUCAAGCAUCCCACAGUUUAAAAAAUCUGUUAGAAGAAGAAUGGAAUUUCACCAAAGAAAUAACCCAUUACAUCCGGGGAGGAGAGGCCCAGGCUGGGAAACUUUUCUGCGACAUUGCAGGGAUGCUGCUGAAAUCCACGGGCAGCUUCCUGGAGGUCGGCCUGCAGGAGAGCUGCGCUGAGUUCUGGACCAGUGCCGAUGACAGCAGUGCUUCAGAUGAAAUCAGGCGGUCUGUGGUGGAGAUCAGCCGGGCCCUCAAGGAGCUCUUCCACGAGGCCCGGGAGCGAGCCUCCAAGGCACUCGGCUUCGCCAAGAUGCUGAGGAAGGACCUGGAAAUAGCUGCCGAGUUCAUCCUUUCAGCCCCCAUUAGAGACCUUCUGGAGGUCCUGAAAUCAAAGCAGUACGUCAAAGUGCAGAUUCCUGGCUUAGAGAACCUGCAGGUGUUUGUCCCAGACACUGUCGCCAAGGAGAAGGGUUUUAUCCUGGCGUUACUUAACGCCGCCGCAGGAGGAAAGGACUGCUUAAAGGACACGGACUACGUGCUGCUGCUCGACACCCAUCUCCUCCUCACCAAGCACAGCGACCCCGCAGGCGACAGCUGGGCCACGUGGGGGUCGCAGCCUGUGAAAAUCGUGCCUCAGGUGGAGACGGUGGAGACCCUGAGAAGCAUGCAGGUGGAGAACCUUCUACUAGUUGUCAUGCAGUCUGCACAGCUCCUCAUCCAGAGGAAAGCCUUCCAGCAGUCCAUCGAGGGGCUCCUGACGCUGCGCCAGGAGCAGACGUCCAGCCAGCCCAUCAUCGCCAAGGCUCUGCAGCAGCUCAAGAAUGAUGCAUUAGAACUUUGCAACAGAAUAAGUGAUGCCAUUGACCGAGUGGACCACAUGUUCACUUCAGAAUUUGAUGCUGAAGUCGACGAAUCGGAAUCUGUCACGCUGCAGCAGUACCACCGAGAGGCCAUGAUUCAGGGCUACAAUUUUGGGUUCGAGUAUCAUAAAGAAGUUGUUCGUCUGAUGUCUGGAGAGUUUAGACAGAAGAUUGGAGACAAAUAUAUAAGCUUUGCCCGGAAAUGGAUGAAUUAUGUCCUGACUAAGUGUGAGAGUGGGAGAGGCACCAGACCCAGGUGGGCAACUCAAGGUUUUGACUUUCUGCAAGCCAUUGAACCUGCCUUCAUUUCAGCCUUACCAGAAGAUGACUUCUUGAGUUUACAAGCCUUGAUGAACGAAUGCAUUGGCCACGUGAUAGGAAAGCCGCACAGUCCUGUUACAGGUUUGUACCUUGCCAUUCAUCGGAACAGCCCCCGUCCUGUGAAGGUGCCGCGAUGCCACAGCGACCCUCCUAACCCCCACCUCAUCAUCCCCACUCCGGAGGGAUUCAGCACUCGGAGCGUGCCGGACGCGCGCAGCCACGGCCCCGGUGCAGGCGGCGACUCCGCGCCACCCAGACCCAACAGCAGUGCCCAUGACGCCAGGGGUUCCAGUGUCCCUGAAAACGACCGGCUGGCUUCCGUCGCAGCUGAGCUGCAGUUCAGGUCCCUGAGUCGCCACUCCAGCCCCACCGAGGAGCGAGAUGAACCGGCAUAUCCAAAAGGUGAUUCAAGUGGGUCGACCCGAAGAAGUUGGGAACUUCGGACGCUGAUCAGCCAGACGAAAGACACCGCUUCUAAACAAGGGCCCAUGGAAGCCAUCCAGAAGUCCGUCCGGCUGUUUGAAGAAAAGCGGUACCGAGAGAUGAGGAGGAAGAACAUCAUUGGUCAAGUGUGUGAUACCCCCAAAUCGUACGAUAACGUCAUGCAUGUUGGCCUGAGGAAGGUGACCUUCAAGUGGCAAAGAGGAAACAAAAUUGGAGAAGGGCAGUAUGGGAAGGUCUACACCUGCAUCAGCGUUGACACGGGCGAGCUGAUGGCCAUGAAGGAGAUCCGGUUUCAGCCCAACGACCACAAGACGAUCAAGGAAACCGCGGACGAGUUGAAGAUAUUCGAGGGCAUCAAGCACCCCAACCUGGUGCGCUACUUUGGAGUGGAGCUGCACAGGGAGGAGAUGUACAUCUUCAUGGAGUACUGCGACGAGGGCACGCUGGAGGAGGUGUCCCGGCUGGGCCUGCAGGAGCACGUCAUCCGGCUCUACUCCAAGCAGAUCGCCGUGGCCAUCAACGUGCUGCACGAGCACGGCAUAGUGCACCGCGACAUCAAAGGUGCCAAUAUCUUCCUUACCUCCUCGGGGCUGAUCAAGCUGGGAGACUUCGGGUGCUCAGUGAAGCUUAAAAACAACGCCCAGACCAUGCCUGGGGAAGUGAACAGCACGCUGGGGACCGCAGCGUACAUGGCUCCUGAAGUCAUCACUCGUGCGAAGGGAGAGGGUCACGGGCGUGCGGCCGACAUCUGGAGCCUUGGGUGUGUCGUCAUAGAGAUGGUGACUGGCAAGAGGCCUUGGCAUGAAUAUGAACACAACUUUCAGAUCAUGUAUAAAGUGGGCAUGGGGCACAAGCCCCCGAUCCCUGAGCGGCUGAGCCUGGAGGGAAAGGACUUCCUCUCCCACUGCCUGGAGAGCGAGCCGCGGCUGCGCUGGACGGCCAGCCAGCUCCUCGACCACUCCUUCGUCAAGGUUUGCACCGAUGAGGAAUGACGCGAAGCCGCCGUGGCUGGUGUGCGCUCGGAAGACGUCAUCGCUACUGUAUGUAACAUUUACAUGAAGGCUGUGCUGGGAGAGCGCGGCCUCCCGCCUCCGGCUGGGCUGCUCCUGCGGGGUCGACCUGGCGCGGGGCCUCCUGAGUGACAGUGUCCACGAGGAAAGAAGCUCCAUGUUAAGUGCCAUUUCUACUGUACACGGACCGCCGCCUCGUCCCCGCUCUUCGGGGACGGACCCGGGACGUCUGUAGUGCGCUGACCGCCCUGGUUCCGAGCAGGUCGCGGUCCCUAGUCCUGCCUGUUCUCGUCUGUCGAGUGCACUGACUGAACCUGCCCUGUGGGCGGCGGCGGCUACAGGUCUGUCAGCAAAAGGCUGAUGAAUGAAAUUGAAGAAAAAGGCUUUUUUUUCAAUAAAUGGUUUAUUUUAGGAAA